ACGAACCCAGAAAAGUCAAUUCCCGUCUGCCAGGAACUUGCCUGUGUACUCAGGCACAAUGGACGGUUUCCCCGCAUCUGCUCACAUGAUUAUGGUUAUUAGAGGCACUACUCGAGUAGUACCUAAAGUAACAGUAGCACUAGUUACAACAGUUCAAUUUGCACACAAUCUCGGAUGCCACGAAACUUGGCACAUAAUUGUCCAUAUUGCGAUAGUCAACGUACAGCUGCAUGUGCAGUCAAACACCUGCGGCCCCCAUCCGGUACUCCCGCCGUUUUUAUAUAUCUCCGGUUACAUAUUGUCAAGCUUACGGGACAGUUCACUAUGCAUUGCAGAUACUUCAACAUGAAACGUCAGUACGACUUAUGUUGACCCAGGAGUUCUCCCACGCUGACGAAUCGAUGGGAAUCCCCGUGCCCGUAGAAGUAUUUACUACUCUAGUCACACAGCGCCCUCCUCGUCCGCAUGCAGAGUUU